ACAAGCCGUUUUUGUUUCAUUUUCCUUGUAGAAUAGUUUUAUUUUUAUACCCUCCAGUGAGUGCAUUUCUUUGUUCUGGCUUUUCGUGAACCCGGUUGUCUGUAGGCAACACCAACAAAGACCGGCGUAACCAGCAGUGCAAGCCGCGAAAGAGACGCACAACAUGGCAGGUUCUCCGGUUGUGACCCCCAACUCCAUCCGUGACAAGUCGAGCCGUUUCUAUGUGGUGUCGUGGAUCAACAGGCUGCUCAAAACAGACUUCAAAAAUGUGCAAGAGAUGGGAACAGGUGCAUGCCAGUGUCAGAUGAUGGACUGCACUUUUCCUGGCUCCAUUGACAUGGCUAAGGUGAAGUUUGAUGCACAGAGUAAAGAAGACUUCAGGCACAAUUUCAGUCUUCUUCAGGAUGCCUUCAAACUGAAGGGUGUUAAAAAGACCAUCCCAGUUGACGGGCUCAUAGAGGGAGAUUUCAAAACCUGCUAUGAGUUCAUGAAGUGGUUAAAACUUUUUUACACAGAAAAUACAAAAAAUAAAGAAUCUACUCCUGUGAAAGCAACAAUUUGUAACAGCGAGGAGAUAGCUCCAGUUUCACCAUCUUCAGAGAACUCAGACAUGGAAACAAACGGCACUGAAAGGACAACUAAAACUUUUCCGUACACUGAAAAGUGGAAGGAGGAAUACGGUUGGGCCGAUCCCAGCCCCCUGGGAGAGCAGCACACCUACUGCUCCAUCUGCCACACCAACCUGGCUUCGUACAGGAGGGGCGCUGUUGAGCUGCAGCGGCACAUGGAAACAAACAAACACCAAAAAAGGGCAAAAGAUUUCCAAAUGUGUCAAAAUAAAACUGAAGUCGGCGAGCGAUUCCCCUGCAGCGACGCGGCUGUCCGCUUCAUUUUCAACCGCUGCUACACCGGGUCUGCUAAAGGCGAGCAGGUCUCCAGACAUUUUGCACGCUGUAAACUGGGGCUGAAGUACCCCAAAGACCUCGUCGCUGUUAGCAACCGCACUCCUUACUGUGUUUACGUUUACGAAGCACUGGCAGCUGGAAAUGACGACACUGUUGCCGUCGUUCUGUUGGGCUUUUUCGACUCUGAGUCCUCUGGUCACCGCAUCUGUCUUCUGGACGCUGUUGAGUCGGAGGACGGAGCCGGAGACCAAACAGCAGCGGCGGUGGUGCAGGCCUUGAAAAGACUCGAGCUUUCCACCGAUAACCUCGCUGUUUGUUACCCCGGUGAUGGUGAAGCUUCGGAGCAAAUCUGCUCACAUCUCAGGGAGCUGAACCCGAACAUAAUAGCCUUAGGAGGCCUGUACACUAUUGCUGAUGCUGCGUAUCACGCUGGGGUUCAGGAGCUCCCCAGUGAAAUCCAGGAGCUGCUGGUCGACUUGUAUGCUCACUACUCCUCUUGCUCUACGAAGAACGACAACCUCAAGGCUCUCUUCGACUCAGAUAUCACUAAAAACAGCAAGCCAUUUUACCUCAGCAUCAGCUGCCUUAGAUUCCACCAGCUGGUCACCAAAUUGACAGAAAUAUGGAGUGAUUUGAUACUUUACUUCAGUUCCUGUCCUGAGGAUGAAGAAAAAGGCAAGUCAUUGUGUUCCCAGCUGAAGAAUCCCAAAGUCAAGGCGAUGUUUAUGUUGCUGGACUACGCAUUAAAGCCACUGGAAACAUUUCAAAAGCAAAUUCAGGAGUCGUCCUGGGCUAAGAUGCCACUCAUCCUGGAAGAAGCCAGCAUGUUGCUUAGCACAUACACGUCUCGCUUCCUUCAGCCCAAUGCUGCCGCUCGCUACCUCAACGAGCACAAUGCUCAAAUCCUGAAAAACAAGAAGCACCACCUCUCAGGCCCAGACCUCAAUCUGGGUGGUAAAGACAUGGAAGAUUUCCUAAAAACAGAGAAGGCUGCAGAGGUUUUGCCACAGCUACAAGAAGAGCUGCUGCUGUUUUAUGUUGCAGCAACAUGUUGCAUCGCAGAGGAGUUGCCUUUAAGCGACACGGUGCUAAGAAACAUUGCUCAGCUGCUAAACCCGGAGAGCAGCCUGAAGGUUACCGAUGUAGCCAUGGAGGAGCUUGGGAGGAAGCUGGAAGUCUGCAGCUCCCCUGAGGAGGUCAGGCAGCUCAAACAGGAGUUCAGGGAGUAUCAGCAGGCGGAGGAGGAGAGGAGUAACCAGGGAGUGAAUGGAGACACACUGGAGAAUCACUGGGCGAGGGUACUUGAAGGCACAAAGCUCACCUCAGUGUUCAGGAAGCUGGUUCUGACCCUGCUGUCAUUCCCAUGUCCUCCACUGGAUGCUCAACAUGUUUUAUCCCAGGCUUUAGACAACAAUGAUGUUGCUCCGUGUUCUGAGAGUGAUAGCGUCACAGAAAGCGAAAGUGAGGUCAUACCUGACCGUGUUCUCACUAACGGCAGCAAAAAAGACCUCCACCUUUACGCCGCCGCUUUGAAUGGCUUCGAUUUGAAGCCUUGUGAAGUCCGCCUUAUCAAAAUAAACGAUUGUGAUGGUUUGAUAAACGGCUCUCUGUCACAUGAGGGAGUUUGGAGGGGAGGUCAUGGCUGGGAGAGCAGCUUACGCCAGAAACCACAGGCCCGAAAAGUCUUUCAGGCUGGUGUUGGUACCUGGUCCAAACCCAUUGGCCUAAUUAAAGGCCGCAAAAGUGGUGCGGACUCCAUAGAUGAAGAGCUUGAAGGAAUCUCUCCGUCCAGUAAAAACACUCCAUCCAAAGGUCAAUACCAGGAUGGGAAAGGAUUCUCUGUGGGGGAACUGGUGUGGGGGAAACUGACUGGGAUGUCCAUGUGGCCUGGACUGGUGAUGCCAUGGAAAUCCAAGCACGCUCCUCCAGGCAUGCGAAGGGUGGAAUGGUUCGGCGAUGGGAUGUUUUCAGAGGUCAGCACAGAAAGGCUGAAGCCAUUUAGUUUCUUCACUUUGUGCUUCUGCAAAAACUCCUUUGCCAGUCUGCCGGUCUAUAAGGACGCCAUCUACCAAAUCUGUGAGUUGGCAGCUGAACGAUCUGGGAAGUCUUUUUCUAAGGCAGAAGGUGAUAAAGAGCGAGAGCUGAAGAUGAUGGUAGAUUGGGCUUCUGAAGGAUUUCUGCCUACAGGAGCCAAGGGAUUUGCACCUCUUGAAGAAUCCUCUUCAAAUCAAGAUCCUAGCGACUCUCCUUCCUCCGACUAUCAACCUCCACCAAAACGAAAAUAUGUCUAUAAAAACAGGGCAGCAGCCCCCAACACCCCUUACAAUAGAGAAUCACUGAAAGAAAAGGUGAAAGAAAAAGGCAAAACAAUUGAAGAUUUCUGCUUGUCUUGUGCAUCAUCUGAGAUCGAUGUCCAGCAUCCCCUGUUUAAAGGCGGUCUUUGUCUAAGAUGCAAGGAGAACUUCACAGAGACGCUGUAUCGUUACGAUGAAGAUGGCUACCAGUCGUAUUGCACGGUUUGCUGCGCGGGCUUGGAGGUCAUUCUGUGUGGGAACGCCAGCUGCUGCAGGUGUUUCUGUAAGGACUGCCUGGACAUCCUGGUAGCCGAAGGAACCUUCGACAAACUGAAAGACAUCGACCCCUGGAGCUGCUUCAUGUGUGAUCCAUCGCAGUGCGACGGAAACCUCAAACUGAGACCAGACUGGAGCGUCAAAAUUCAGGAUUUAUUCACUAAUAACAGCGCCAUGGAGUUUGAGCCUCACAGGAUUUACCCAUCUAUCCCUGCUGAUCAACGAAAGCCACUCAAAGUGCUCUCGCUUUUUGAUGGGAUUGCAACAGGAUAUCUGGUGCUCAAAGACUUGGGCUUCAAGAUCAAAAGAUACAUCGCUUCUGAGAUCUGUGAUGACUCGAUUGUUGUGGGAAUGAUUAAGCACGAGGGGAAGAUUGAAUAUGUGAACGACGUCCGCACCAUUACAAGAAAACAUCUGGCUGAAUGGGGCCCUUUUGACCUCCUGAUCGGAGGCAGCCCAUGCAACGACCUGUCCAUGGUCAACCCACUGAGAAAAGGACUCUUUGAGGGCACCGGGAGACUCUUUUUCGAGUUCUACCGCAUUCUGACCCUGUUGAAGCCAAAGGAGGACGACAACCGUCCAUUCUUCUGGCUCUUUGAGAACGUGGUUUUGAUGAGCGCCCACGACAAAACCGACAUCUGCAGGUUCCUGGAGUGCAACCCAGUGCUUGUUGAUGCAGUGAAAGUCAGCCCUGCUCACAGAGCACGAUACUUCUGGGGAAACAUACCUGGAAUGAGCAGACCUCUGGCUACCUCUCUUGAUGAUAAGGUCACUCUGCAGGAUUGUUUGGAAGUUGGUCGGACGGCAAAGUUUGAUAAAGUUCGCACAAUCACAACAAAGUCUAACUCCAUAAGGCAAGGGAAGAUGGGGCCACUUCCUGUCUCCAUGAACGGAAAGGAGGACUACUUGUGGUGCACUGAAAUGGAACAGAUCUUUGGCUUCCCCAAACACUACACUGAUGUGAACAACAUGAGCCGGAUGCAAAGGCAGAAGGUUCUGGGUCGCUCCUGGAGCGUUCCCGUGAUUCGCCACUUAUUCGCGCCGCUGAAGGAUUAUUUUGAAUGUGAAUAGGAGCAGUGAGGCGAUCCUGAGGCGGAUCAGCAGCGGUAAACCCAACGCCUUAUCUCUUGGUGCUUUAAUAGUUUAGAUUCUCUGGGCUUCUUUCUCCUUUAGAUCCAGUUUGGCGUUUUGUCUCUUAACUUUCUCUAACCCUUUGACUGCCAGCAGCCAGGGUCGUCUUUCUACAUGUUUUAUUUUUCUACUUAUUUGUGUUUUUGUUUGUUUUUGUUUUUUUAUGCUGCGAUCCGAUGGUGUUACUCAGAACACAGGCCUGUGUCACAAAGUGAGAUGAGACAAUUAGCGCCACAUCUCCAGGUUUAGCUCAGGUUUUUCAUCACUACUGACAUGUUUACAAUUUUGCAUCGCCAUGGCAACAGCACAAACUGACUAGAAAAGCAGCAAUCUGCUACAUGAUUUGAUUUAGAAACAAAAUAAGUUUAUUUAAAAACACUAUUAACCGCACACAGUUUUUAACUUUGUAUAAACACAACACAAUUAUAAAUCAGCAUCAUAAAGUACUUUUUAAUCUGCAGUUAUGUUAAAGAAAUUAUUGAGAUUAGAUUAAUCAUGUGACCAAAAAGCUAAUUUUUAACUCCUGCUUGAUGUUUUGUCCAUUUUAAUCUGCAAUCAGAUACUUUAUCCUAAUUAGCUUUUCUUUUUUAUAUCCAGGUGUUUAAAAAAUUAUUUUUCCAGGCCUUAUCUAUGGCUUUUGCAUUUUUAUUGCGGCUUAAAGCAAAGUUUAGCUCACUCCUGUGAUUAAUUAUCACAUAUAUUUUUAUCCCUGUGUCUGAGACCCCUCUAAGGUUCAGAUGACCUACAUUUGCUACUGUAACAAGGCAAAAACAGGACAAAUUUGGAAAAUUUCAGUUUUACAAUGCAAUUAACACACUGUUCAAUGUCAGUCCGCAAGAACCGAUGUCCUGAUUAAUGAUUUAACACGACUGAACCUAAUGAGUGUUAACUAGGCGUCUGCAGACCUCAAUGACAUGUUGAGGAGGUAAACUAUGGAGCUCAAAUGGGGCCAUAAAGAUUGUUCACUUUAUAUUGAAUUUAAAGAAAAGUUUGGGAAAAUGGGGCGUGCCUUGGUGGCGUAGUGGUUAGCGCGACCCAUAUUUGGAGGUCUUGAGUCCUCGACGCGGCCGU